AUGUCUUCUGCAUUCAUCCAGCGCCCGGCCCCUGCCUUCAAGGCCAUGACCGUCUUCGCCGGCGGCGAGUUCAAGGAGAUUUCCCUGUCGGACUACCUUGGUCAAUGGGUCGUCCUCCUCUUCUACCCUAUGGACUUCACCUUCGUCUGCCCUACCGAGAUCAUCCAGUACAACGACGCCCUCCCUCGCUUCCGUGACAUCAACACCACCGUCCUCGCCGUCUCCACCGACUCCCACUACUCCCACCUCGCCUGGCAGACCCAGCCCCGUCGACAGGGCGGCCUCGGCCCCGACCUCCAGCUCCCCCUCGUCGCCGACCGUUCCCAGGCCAUCUCCCGCAGCUACGGCGUCCUUCUCGAGGACGAGGGCAUCGCGCUGCGCGGUCUCUUCAUCAUCGACCCCAAGGGCGUGCUGCGUCAGAUCACCAUCAACGACCUGCCCGUCGGCAGGAACGUCGAGGAGACCAUCCGCCUCGUCCAGGCUUUCCAGUUCACAGAUGAGCACGGCGAGGUCUGCCCCGCUGGCUGGAUGCAGGGCGCCAAGACCAUGAAGCCUGAGCCCAAGGCGAGCUUGGAGUACUUUUCUACCCAGCCUGAGGGUGCCAAUGGAACCUCUAACGGUGCUACCAACGGGACUAAGCGUCUCCGAACCGAGUAA